AUGUCGCUGUUCAGCUCCUCUGUCGUCCUUGUUAUUCUCCUGUUGCAGCGAUGCUGCGUCGGGGCAGAUAGCCGUGCAACCCGCAGUCUUGAGGAGGAUUGUGCGGCUGCUGUGCAGGCAUACCACGACAAUUCAGGGGCAAAUGCAACCGAAAUCAUUCCGUCUUGCUUGGACGAGCAAGAGUGUGUUUCUAGUUUGUCCGGGAUCGACGUGUCUGGUUUCGUUUGUACGUUUACUCUCAGUGCUUCGGGGUUCACCCACAACAGCGACUACCCCAAUUGCACAGAAAUUCCUUAUGAAGACGUCCAAGAUCUUGGAGAGUGGACCAUUCCCAUUUCCAGCCUUGCGGAUGAACAGAAUCAUGUUAUCAGUCCUUCCAUGUUGACCAUGGAGGUGCGUGAUCCUCCUCAUUUCUUUGCAAUGAAGAACCUGACGGUGCCGUGGGGCAUUGGUGGCACUUGCGAUGGGCUUUUGGCACUCUUUAUCGAAUCACCCAACAUCUAUGGCUCCAAUCCCAACGAGGAAUUUGCAGUGAUUGCCGUGGGUUCCCUCGAGGGCCUCUCGCGAGACGACGCAAUUACCGGGCCUGGCAUGUUCUGGUUGGAUGCCGCUGCGAUUCAUAGAGAGAGAAGGGCCCACGUCGGUUGUGCCAUUGGGGGUAUCACCGAAUAUGUACUUCAAGGAACCUGCGUGAAAGCGAGUGAUGUUGACUCUGGAAGAUCUAGUGUGGAUACAUCUAAUGAGACCGAGGUGCCCUCGUCCUCGUCGUUCUGCGGCCUGUCCUUUUCCAAGUCGUGGUUGCUCUUGGUCCUUGGAAUGGUGGGAUUGCAACUCUAG